AGCGGCAGUGCCGUGGGCGCGCCUUCCGUGUCGGAUUCGUUCGCUGACAGCCAGCGGUGCGAACUGGACUCAUCAACGGCAAGCGAUCCGUACCUCUCGCGUUAUCAACGAAAUUACACUCUGCGGGUCAUUUCUUCAUCUCCUUUUUAGCCGCCGCACUCACCCUCCAAAAUGAAUCCACUUUGUGGCAGAUGUAACCGAGUGGUGUAUCCCACGGAAAAAGUGAAUUGUCUUGACAAGUUCUGGCAUAAAGGAUGCUUUAGCUGUGAAGUGUGUAAGAUGACUCUAAACAUGAAGAACUACAAAGGCUUUGAAAAGAGACCAUACUGUAAUGCACACUAUCCGAAGACAUCAUUCACCAGUGUUGCAGACACCCCGGAGAACCUGCGCCUGAAACAGCAGAGCAAGAUGCAAAGCCAGGUGCUCUAUAAGGAAGAAUUUGAGAAAAGCAAAGGAAAAGGCUUCAGUGUUGUGGCUGACACACCAGAGAUGCAGAGAAUCAAGAAAACACAAGACCAAAUCAGCAACAUUAAAUACCAUGAGGAAUUUGAAAGGAGCCGAAUGGGUGGCGAAGCUCCUCCUCAUCACCCACAAACACCUCAACAACACACAACUCCAGCAUAUCAGCCCCCAGCAGCAUCUCAGAACUAUCACUAUGAACCCGAGCCUGUGCGCCAGGCGGCUGCCGCCCCUCCUCCCAGCUCUGGGAAGCGCUACCGAGCCGUGUAUGACUACACCGCAGCUGAUGAAGAUGAGGUGUCAUUCCUGGACGGUGAUGUAAUCAUGGACGUGCAGCAGAUCGAUGAGGGUUGGAUGUAUGGGAGAGUGGAGCGCACCGGCCAGCAGGGAAUGCUGCCCGCUAACUACGUAGAGGCCAUCUGAAAAUGAGAAGGAAAAAGAGAGGGCAAGAAAAAGGGAGGGAUAAAAGGAGAGGGAGUCGCAGAUGAGUAGCUGAGUGCCAUUUCACCUUCAAGAUCUUUUUCCUCUAUUCCUGCACUAAUUGUCUUAUCAGGGGUCGAGCCUUAUGAUCCAGUUACGAUCCAAAACAGGCAUAGUUCAGUAACCGCAUACAGUAUAACCAAACACAGCAACAAUGCAUACACAUACAAAUAUCACACAUAUACGGUCAAUUACAAUUUACUACUUUUCCCAUAUCAUUCUCAAAUAUGCAUUUCUCUGUGUAUUGCUUUUGCUGCCUGUCAGUCUGUCUCUUUGUUUGUCUUUUCUCAGUUUUUUCUCAGUCCUGAAAAGGUGCUGUCACAAGUGGCACUUAAGUCUUAAGAAGACUCGCACACACCUACACACAAAAUACAUAACCACAUAGGCCGCUGAAAUAUUUAGGGCCUGCUACGGAGCACUUCAAACAUCUCAACACUUUGUAUCAGUUGCCAUGACAAUAAGUGAAAGAAAUGAUUUCAAACCUCAGUUGUGAGAUCUCUUUUUUUAACUACUUUUUGUUUGAUAUUUUAUUUUCAUCCUGUAAUUGUAUAUGUGAUGUAUUUAGGACAGUUUCACAUCUCAUUGGUUGUGGGUCUGUAGCAAUGCUUGAACAUGAGAUUUGGUCAUUCCAAUCAUUCCAUAAGUCUGGCCACUUGCAUCAUGUAGUGAAACGGGAAUCUCAAAGGCUCCUCUUUUUCAACUGGAUGUACUUAAAACUGUAAGAAAGGAGCGGAGUCUUGUGCUAUCAUUUACUGAAGCUUAUCUUUCACAUUCCUCCCUGUAUAAAACCAGUUAGAAUACAUGAGCCUAUUUUAGUUCUGCUGCUCCUGCUUUUAAAAUGAAGAGGAAAUUGUGAAGUGAUGUACCUUACUCUUAACAAAAGGGAAAAAAGAAACUGUACAGUUACGGAACAAAAGGAGAAGAUUGUAGUAAGUGAGCGUAAAGAGGAGCCCAAGCACAAUUCUAAGGACCAUUUUAGAUUUUAAUUUUAAUCAUUCCAUUGGUUCUAUUUUGUUUCUGAAGCAUUCCAUGUGCAUAGUUUGAAACUGUAUCUCAGAGCUGUUCUGUAAGAUGUUGUUAUUGAUGUUUUUGUUUGUUUGUUUUUCCUCAUAUCAUGCUUAUUCUCAUUGCCUUGCUGGUAUUGUAUGAGACAGAAUUUUAAUGUCAAUAUCAGUGGAAUAAAACAAAUCUAUUUGUAUACCAAGA